AUUUUGGAAUGGGGUUUUCUGUGAGAAAUUGUGGUGCUUGUCCACGAAAGAGACUCGUCUCAGUAACUUGCAUUACUGGCGGAAUUCCUCCCCGGGCUUUCUAUUAGUCUAAGACGUAGCCGUUUUGAGAAUCCAUGACGACACUUCCAUGACUUUUCUCAGUACCACUGACAGUCCCUUUGCUGUCUUGCACGGCUGACUUUGGGUUAUUCAUCUCCUUGCAUGAGCCACUGGUCUCCUCAGGCACGUGUUGAUACCAGGCUUUGGGGGAACACCGCCGAAGACAACAAUGUUGUCGACCUAUCCAUUGUCACUAUCAGGCGCAGAGGCCCAACCACUCCCAUUCAUACCUGCCGUGCUCGAGAUUACGCCUCGUCAACAGCGUCUCGUAGACCCCGUCCCGGGAGUGACGGGGCCCCUGAGUGUAGUGGCAGAGGACCCGGGGACGAAAUAUACCAUCUACUCAACAACCGGUGAAGAAGACGAGAGCGGGCCGGAAGAAGGCGACCCUGGACCACCAAAGUCAGAUUCGGAUGGCAAAACAGCGUCGGCUCCCCUCGGGACCGAGCCCUUGUCCAUCAGCAACAUCGGGCUCAAGUACGCCGAGACGACGCUGCACAUCCAGUUUACAGCCACACUUGAGCUGGGACCGAUCGGGUUCUACGGAGAGGCCUUGCCCAAGGGUGUCACGGAUCCUAAAGCGGUCUUCAAAUCCGUUUCUGCUUUUGCCCAGCUGGACGGCCCCCUCGUGACGCUGGAGUUCGCCGAAAUCUCGGGUGUCACAGGCGGGUUCGGAUACAAGAGCGAACGGGCCUUCCAGAUGAUCUCCCUACAAGCAAUGGCGGUGGUGAAGUUCGGGCAGUCCAUCAAUAUGGGGCUGUUCACCGUUGCACUGGACGACAUACCCACAUCGGCGUCCAAGGCGAAGUUUGGUCACGUCGAACCGGGCAUUGCUGUGGUGGUCGAUCUCGACUACGGCACCCCCAAGGCUGAGGCGCAGCUCCCGCCCAACUCGUACAUCCUCGACCCCGACUGCCACCUAACUAGUGGCGUUCCCCUCUACUACUUGUUCGAGGCACCCCAUUGUGACCGCCUUUUGGUGGGGGACUUCGUCUUCACACUCGGAGGAUACCACGAAGCCUUCGGCAUGCCCCAUGGCUUCCCCAACCGACCCCGAGUGGGCAUCAGCUGGAGCCUGAGCAGUGCCCGCCCUAUCAAUUACAAAAUAGAUCGACUUCGCCAUCACACCAAAGGCAUGCAUGGGCACUGGGAGGCUGCAUGCGGCGUACCACCCGGAUCUGAUCGAGGCCCGUUCGACUUCACGGCCGAGGCCGGGGUGGGCGUCGGGGUGUGCUUCAACCUGGACAUCCUCUUCGUCCACAUCCACGUCUCGGUCGAAGUCGUGCCGAGCUGGAGUUGUGUGCGCAUCUACCGCAGCCCGGCCCUGGUAGCCACCGCCGUCCAUCCAACCAACAGUCCUCGCGUGAUAGAACUUGACGACAACGAUGAACCCAUCGCCAUAGCAGUGGAAUUCGGCCUGAUGAACGACUCGGGGGUUCCGGAGCGGGGCCACAACCAGGCGUGGACGGUCUGGGGUGGCACGUUCGCCUUUGUGCCGGGGUGCAAGAUGGCGAUCGGGAAGGCCGAGCAGGUCAGCGAGACGGGCGAGCCCGUUCGUUACGACGACGAGACAUCCACUGAGCCCUCAAAAUGGCAACAACAUCCCCAGCGAUCCAGCCUGCUCGAUUCUACCGACGGCGGCGUGUCGUUGGUGAUGGGGAGUCUGCUCUACGCGCCACCGCCGUUCAUGGCGGAGGACAAGCAGCAGACGUUCAGGAUCCUCGACGCGGACUGGAGCUAA